AUGUCUGUUGUCAUGCAUAAGUAUGAGGUAAUACAAAUGGUUCAAGAUACUAAAUAUUAUGACUUAUUAGAAGUUUGUCCAGAUGCUAGUGAAGUUGAAAUUAAGAAAGCUUAUCGCAAAAUGGCUUUAAAAUAUCAUCCUGAUAAAAAUCCCACUGGUGCGGAAAAAUUUAAGCAAAUAACAAAAGCUUAUGAUGUAUUAUCAGAUCCUGAAAAAAAGAAGAAAUAUGAUUUAGGAGGGUAUUCACUAUUUAGUGAAUCAAAUAACCAAACUUUUACCAGAGAACAUUUUGAUUUGAAUGAUUUAUUCGGAGGAUUUUCUGGACCUGGAGCACGUGUUUAUACAACUAGUUUUGAAGCAACAAAUAUAGAUGCAUUCGAUAUUUUUGAUAUGUUUUUUAACAAUGGAAGUGGUUUUCGAGUAAAUCCUAACGUUAGAACAAGAACAAAUACUAACCCUCGGAGAACCCAUCAACAUCAAACUACUAGAAAUGAUACUGAGGAAGAAGGAACAAGCACCACAACGAUAAAUAUUGCAAAAAUUUCAUUAAUUAUGUUAUUUAUGGAUAUCAUCAUGAGAGUUUUUGCUGCCUUUAUCCGCUCAUAA